AUGGAUGCCAUAGUUUUAAAAAGUAACAUCUUUGGCUUCAUCAAAACAAAAACUGGUGUAAUUCUAGGAUUCUAUUACUAAGAUCCGAUAACCUCAACUUCUGUGGUUAUUUAAAGAAUGCCUACAAAUACUAUGAUUUAUGGAAUCUCAAGCGAGCAUUUCUCCUAUAAAGAGCCUGGAGAUAUUUUCGAAUCAAAUGUUGGACCAUUCCCUGAGGUUGAUGUAAAUCUGCAAGUCGUCACAACUCCAAGAGCAAGACUAGGAUUUCACCCAUCAUGCAUUAACCAUGGUAUGUAUCCUAAUCAAGCUCAGUGCUAUAGUAGUUCUAAUUUCAAUUAACCAGAAUAUUGCGAAUGGAUACUCUUAAAACCCUCAGGUGAUAGUAACCCUUAAUUUGAUUGUGAACAAAUAGAGUAUUAUCAAGGCAAUUUGCAAUGA